AUGAGGUUCUUCGAGAUUGCCACCGCGGCUUUGACCGCUGCCUCCACCGCAUACAGUGCGCCCCUUGAGAAGCGCGCCGUAAAGGUCGAUGAGUUGGUUGGCUUUGCCGCCGGUACAACUGGAGGCGGAAGCGGUGCUGGCACCACUGUCGCUUCUUGCGCUGAGUUGACCGCCGCGGCGAAGAAGGGAGGUGUGAUCAAGAUCAAGGGCAUGCUCACGGGCUGUGGUAUCAUCAGGAUUGACACUCCCAAUACUUCCCUCCUCGGCGUCGGCAGCACUGCCGGGCUCACGGACGGUGGGUUCCAGGUCCGCAAGACCACCAACAUCAUCAUCAGGAACUUGAAGUUCUUCCGUGCACCAAAGGGCAAGGACUUGGUUGACAUUGAUGAGUCUACCAAGGUCUGGGUCGACCACAAUGACUUCUCCAGUGUUGGUCUUGUUGGUGACAAGGACACGUAUGAUGGUCUGCUUGAUGCUAAGCAUGGAUCCGACUCCCUGACCUUCUCCUGGAACAAGUUCCACGACCACUGGAAGGGUUCCCUCGUCGGCCACAGCGACAGCAACGGCGCCCAGGACGCUGGCAAGCUCCAUGUCACCUACCACCACAACAACUUCGUGAAGGUCAACUCCCGUCUCCCCUCGAUCCGCUUUGGUACCGGCCAUAUCUACAACUCUUGCUACAAUGGCGGUAUUUCUGGUGUCAACUCCCGCAUGGGUGCUCAGGUCCUCGUCGAGCUGAACUCUUUCACCGACACGGCUCUCUCCAUCGUCACCAACCGCGACUCCAAGGAGGAGGGCUUUGCUACUGAGAAUGGCAACAUUUACACCAACAGCCCUACCCAGAUUACCAAGAAGGGAUCCUACAAGGCACCAUAUGCGUACACCACUGACCCUGCUGCCAGCGUCUGCGACAUUGUUGCAAAGAGCGCUGGUGUUGGCGUUGUCACCUUCUAA